AGGUUUUUCGGACAGUUUGUGGUGUUUUUUUUAUUAAAGAUAAAACAGAAAUAGCAAAUAAAUCGUAGUUAUCAACUUUGUUACUGUUGCAUAACUUCUGACCUUCAGAUAGAACAGUGAACCCUGAUAUGUGUACGCGGUAACAUGGAUACAGAGGACUUUGCUGAUGCUUUACAAGAGUCAGAGCAGGUACUUAGAGAAUGCUUUACAAAAUUCCAGUUAGAUGAAGUUUUAUUUUCAUUCAAUGGCGGCAAAGACUGCACAGUGCUACUGGACUUGACUAUCAAAGUACUUAAAGAGUUCUACAAAUCGAAUGAAAUAGAUAGGAUGAAAAUAGUCUACAUAAGAACCAAAGGCCCUUUUAGAGAGAUCGAAGAUUUCGUGAAAGAGAUAGAAGAAUAUUAUAAUGUUAAGUUGAUGGUGUGUGAAGGAGAGAUGAAAUCAACACUGGAGAAAAUACUAAAAGAAGAUCCUGUGUUAGAAGCAUGUUUGAUGGGCACGAGACGGACAGACCCUUAUAGCGAAUCAUUGCAGUUUAUGCAGAAAACCGAUGCAGGCUGGCCGCAAAUCAUCAGGGUGUUACCUCUACUCAAUUGGAGCUACCAUCAGAUAUGGAGUUACAUAUUCAAACACAAAGUGCCUUAUUGUAGCCUCUAUGAUCGAGGGUACACGUCAAUAGGCAGCGUACACAAUACGCGGCCAAACCCUGCUCUACAGUACACGGACGAAUGCGGGCGCGCGGUGUAUCGACCAGCGCACACGCUCGCGGACGCGACGCUCGAGCGUGCGGGCCGGGGGAUCAUUAACGGACAUUGACGGUGUUAGAGUUGUGCUUGUUUGGUCACGCACGAUUGCAGGAUUUUUUUACAAAACGAAAAUCAUGGUUUCAUUACAAACAUAAAAUAAUUUGUGCGUGACCAGAUCCGCAUAAUUCUAAAAACGUAGUAUAGAAACGUUAUGUUUUCCUCGGUAACAGUAUCUAAGGAAACAAAAUCUAGUGCCUAAACACACUAGGCCGAGAAAACGCGGCCGAAGUUCGGCAUGAUUACG